AUGGCAGAGGGUUACCUAGCAGCCCCAGCACAGACGGAGUGGCUGCUGCAGCAGCAACAGCAGCAACAACAGCAGCAGCAGCAGCAGGAGCAGCAACAGCAGCAGCAGCAACAUCACAACCACUGGCAGCAGCAGCAGCAACAGCAGCAGCAGCAGCAGCAGCAGCAGCAGCAGCAGCAGCAGCACUCGCCGCUGAAAUUCGCAGUGCCGAUAGCUGUCGGUGUUUGUGCGGGGGGCAACCAGCUGCUUAUAAAGACACUGCAGACGUGGGUAGUGGAGAUGAAGGCUGCAUGCAGCAGCCCGACAGCAGCUGGGAUGCUGCUGAGCAGCAGCAGCAGCAGCAGCAGCAGCAGCAGCAGCAAGUUGCUGUUGCCCUGCUGGCUGGAGCCUGCUGCAGUUGAGGAGCGAUGGGGUCAUGGAAUUCUCAAAGAGAUUUCGGGGAGGCGACACACCAACUCGUUCACUAGCAAACAGCAGCAGCAGCAGCAGCAGCAACAGCACCAGCAGCAACAGCAGCAGCAGCAACAGCAGCAGCAGCAACAGCAGCAGCAGCAACAGCAGCAGCAGCAACAGCAGCAGCAUAAGCAGCAGCAGGAGCAGCAGCAACAGCAGCAGCAGCAGCAGCAGCAACAGCAGCAGCAGCAACAGCAGCAGCAGCAGCAGCAGUAG